UGAGGGAGGCUGGUGCUGUGACGUGACAGAAUGAGACUUACAGAAUCAGGUCAAAAGAGUAGCUCACUGUCCGUCAGAUCUGAGAUCUCACCGUUUAUUAGCGUCCGUAUUUAUCGUCACAUGCUGAAAUGCGCUUGCUCUUCCUAGCCUGCCUAAAUCCUAAAACAGGGAACUGUACCACUGCAGAAAGAAUAAGGAAUCACAUCGUGGCUGCAGGGCAUACUUGUGUACUGUGCGAUACAAGGGAGUUGAGCUCUUCUGAUGUUGCGUCCCUGAUGACGCAAGAGCCGCGGUUCGAGGGUGCGCUGGCCAUUCAUCUUUUCAAAGGAGGCAGGCUUCUUUUAGAUUUUGGAGUGCCAUUCGGAGUGGUGUUUGGAGGGACGGAUGUCAACGAGGAUGUAAAGGAUGAGCACAAGCGAGCUAUGAUGGAGGAAGUUCUGCGCAAGGCCAGGUUUGCUGUGGCAUUCACUGAUAAAUUGAAAGAACAAGCAGAGGCACUCUUGGUAUGUGAGAGCAAGAAGAUCUACGUGCAACCUCAAGGGAUUGAGACCAGAGUGGCAUCAUGUUUCAGUUGGAGCGACUUUUUGCAAAGCACAGGUGUGUGUACCGAACAAGUGGAAGACUUGCAUGUGUUUCUGCUAGUAUGUGGACUCAGACGGGUUAAAGAUCCUCUUUAUCUAUUAGAAGCUUUUGCAGAAUGGCACAUUCAGAACCCCCUGGUAGUCCUCAUCAUCAUUGGUCCAAAGAUAGAUCCAGUGUUUACCGCAGAGGUUGAGGAAAGUGUCAAGAGGUCUGUUGGAGUGUUCCUGGCGGCUGAAUUGAGUCAGGAAGAGUUGCAUGCCGCCAUGCAGAAGUCAUUUGCCCUGGUCAACUCUUCUCUCUCAGAAGGAAUGUCUGCUGCCAUCUUAGAGGCAAUGGAUUUAGGUUUGCCUGUUUUAGCAAAGGAUAUUCCUGGAAAUACUGCAAUAGUCCAGCAUGAGGUCACAGGGCUGCUGUAUUCCACCCCUCAGGAAUUUGUAAGCAUGUCCAAAAAACUUCUGGAUGAUCACAUGCUCCAGGAUAGAUUGGUGCGAAAUGGAAAGAAUUACAUUGCAUCAUGUCACAACCCAAUGAAGGAGAGAGCAGCAUACCAACAGCUAGUAGAGACUCUUCAUUGACGGUGCCAUGGGAUCAUUGUUUGUCUCAAGAUUUUUACAACUUUGAUGAGAGCUUUAUGCUCUUACUUUAUAAAGAUUAUGAGUAGGCAAACCAAUUUUAUUUGAAAAUGCAAGCCUCUGCAAAGACUGCCAAGAUAAUGGUGGCCUUUGUGUAUGGAAUAGGAUACAUAAAACAAAACAACUCUUAUAUAUAUAUAUAUAAUAUAAAAUAUAUUGUGGGUUUUACACCAUGAAUAAUUGCCAUUUUGUUUGGUACAGUUUGAACCUUUGAUUCCAUGAAAAAGCAUAUUUUUCAUUAGCCCAGAUGAGGAACAAUGUUGCUGUUUUUACCAUAAAUGAAACAUAAGAUUGUUCUGCAGGACACUUUUGCUCUGCAUUGAAUUUUGUAUUUAUCCCUGGAAGCAUCUUUAUUUAGGGGUUGAGGUCAAAAGAUUUGUGUUUUUUGAGGUUUUGCUAUAAAUUACAUUAGAAAAUAUUUAUUCUGUUGAAGGUUAUGUUUAGCUAAGACUGUAGUAUUUUAAUUUUAACAUACUUUCUAUGACUGUACCUGCAUUUCUUUGAAUUUUAUAAAUGGCACAAUUGAAUGAAAUAUAAACAUCUGUAUAUAACACCUUUUGAAUUUGUGAUAUUGUAAAGCUAGUUGUGUUUAUUAACUAUAGAGACAAAAUAUGAACUUUUGAGUGGUAAAAAAAAAAGCUGAAAGCUGAAUUUCUAAAGGUUUACUUUUCAAAGCAUAGUCACAUAAACAGUGGUGGUGGUGUUCUAACAGUUACAGUAAGUGAUUCUAACACAAAAGUCACCGUUUUAAUCCUAAAUAGGGGCGAUUUGGGAACUGACGAGUCAUCAAGAUCAUAAUCUCUACCAUAGUGCAAAACACAAAGCCUUAUAAUAACACCUCGUUGAACUGAAAUGUAAAUGUUAAUGCACUGCGUAUGUCUGUAAAAAGUGCUAUCCAUUUUCACUUGUCUCCACGUUUUUACCUCAAGAGCUUUUACCAAUAUGAAAGCCUGUCAUGCCAA